AAUAUAACAACUCUCUAUUCUUAGUGUGUUUCUCUAACAAUGUACUUUGCGUAGGAAAUCUACUUAGACAUGACGAGAGACGCUACUGCUAGUACGAAAUCAUUACGUCCUUAUUCGUACCGUUGUUUGUACGAUGUAUUGUGCUAGGUAACGGCUAACGUUUACUAGCUAGCUAGCUGGGUAGAUGUAGCCAGAAGUCACUUUCUGUGUCUCCGUUUCUCAUCGCUGUGCCCUUCUCUCACAGCGGAGAUGCCCUCGCCCUUCCCAGAGUUCAGUGUCCCAACCACCCUGAAGCCAUACUGGUGGAGGACUACAGAGCAGGGGACAUGAUUUGCCCUGAAUGUGGCCUUGUAGUAGGUGACCGUGUGAUAGACGUAGGCUCAGAGUGGAGAACGUUCUCCAAUGAGAAAGCUCUCAAAGAUCCAUCCAGAGUGGGAGACGCUCAGAACCCCCUGCUGAACGGGGGAGACCUCACCACCAUGAUCAGCAAGGGAACUGGCGCAGCGAGUUUCGAUGAGUUCGGUAACUCCAAGUACCAGAACCGACGGACCAUGAGCAGCUCGGACCGGGCCAUGCUCAACGCCUUCAAAGAGAUCACCACCAUGGCAGACCGCAUCAACCUGCCGAGGAACAUCAUUGACAGAACAAACAACCUGUUUAAGCAGGUCUACGAACAGAAGAGCCUGAAGGGCCGAGCCAACGAUGCCAUCGCAUCCGCCUGCCUCUACAUCGCCUGCAGGCAGGAAGGAGUACCGAGGACCUUCAAAGAGAUCUGCGCCGUCUCCCGGAUCUCCAAGAAGGAGAUCGGCAGAUGCUUCAAGCUCAUCCUGAAGGCGCUGGAGACCAGCGUGGACCUGAUCACCACCGGAGACUUCAUGUCCCGCUUCUGCUCCAACCUGGGUCUGCCCAAACAGGUGCAGAUGGCGGCCACCUACAUUGCCAGGAAAGCGGUGGAGCUGGACCUGGUGCCCGGCAGGAGCCCCAUCUCUGUGGCUGCAGCAGCCAUCUACAUGGCCUCCCAGGCCUCCGCCGAGAAGAAGACCCAGAAAGAAAUCGGGGAUAUUGCCGGUGUCGCAGACGUUACGAUCAGACAGUCCUACCGACUCAUCUACCCCCGCGCCGCAGAACUCUUCCCUCCAGACUUCAAAUUCGACACGCCCGUCGACAAGCUGCCCCAACUGUGAAGCCCGCGUGCCCCCCCUCCCCCACAGCCACAACAUUUCUCUGCUGUACUUACAGGAUUGUAUUCUUUCCUUAAAAUCGUAUUUGUGUUGGAUUUGGAAGACUUCUUGCCUUUGCAGAGGCACCCUCACAGGAAUAAAACGGACACAUUCCAGUGCUUAAACUAAAGGCUUGCAGACUGUAUCAUGCAUAUAUGUCCAGGAGGGAACUUGUAUUUGAUGCUUGCAAUUUUAGGCUGGUUUCAUAUUGUAAACAAAACCUUGUUUUUUGUAGAAAAAUGACCUGGUUCUAUUUUGUUAGUUAGGAUUGUUCUAAGUAAUUUAAAAAAAUAAAAGAUUUUCAAAGCACGGAAAUCAUGGUUCAUGGUUUGAAUAAAAUUAAACAUUUGUUUACAUAAAAUUGUUAUUGUUUCUACUCCAGUCAUUUAUAGAGGGAAUGGAAAAUUGCACAGCCUUUUCAGAAGCACUUUUAAAAUGACUUUCCACAGAAAGACAGGAAAAGCAGAAGGUUGCUUUCAGUGUCACAGGUACAAAUACAAGCACAGCCACUAUUACAAAUGUUUAAUUUGUGCAUCAUGAUGGGCAACGACUGCAGAAACAACUUCCUCUUUUUAUACACCAGGGUGCGCAGUUGUGACAUGAGUAUUGGUGUACCAUCCAUAACGUUUCUGUUCUGGCAACAACAUGCACAAGCGAAGAAUAAAAAAAAACUUUGUACAA